AACUCGACCACAUUUGCAUUUUUAUGAUACUGAGUGUUAAUUAAUAACAAUAAUGAAAAUAACUAUUUACCUUUUACUCUAGCGAAGGCAGGACCUAUCAAUGACAUGACAGAUAGUUUGUCCCGCGCGUUUUGGCGGUUGUACAGUUGCCAAGGGACGUCAUUGCCCCUGACAACGUGACGACAGCACUAUGUGCAUUGUAAUGAUGAGUACGACACAUCGAAGCGUUGAAGUCAGGUAUUGGAUUCUCAGCCAGUUUCCUUACGUCAAUUGACUUAAAAAAUGCAUCAUAGAUUUUACUAUUGAAUCAAUUCCGUAAUUUUCUUUAACGAACUUCUUUUUUAUUUUGUCUUGUACGCAUUCACGAAAGUUCCACUUGUUUUCAAAAGUGUGUCCAUUUAGUCCUGCAGCUCUGUUCGUUUGCCUGGUGUUGAUUUGACAAGGUGUUGCAAAUUUGUGAGGAACAAAAAUUUUCUGGAAAAAUGGCAGAGGGUGGUGAGGAUAUGCCGGAGAUCAAAGUAGAAGAAGUUGAAGAAACGACUACUAUGUAUCGUGUUUACGUGGGGAACCUUGAUCAAGCCGUAGAUGAGGGAACGCUGAGGGGCUUGUUCGAGGAGCACGGCAUCGCGAUAGGGACGAUACUAAAGAAGAAAAACUACGCUUUUAUUGACUGUGCAGACCAAAAUAACGUGGAGAGAGCUAUUAAUCAGUUGAAUGAUUAUAAUCUUCUUGGAUCCGUCAUGCAAGUAGAAGCUUCCACGUCAAGAAGAAGGUACCCUGACGAAAAAAGCAACAAAAUCGCAAUCCAGAACCUCCCUGUCCACAUUAAAAGAGAUGAAGUUGAGGCUUUAGUCUCUGGUCUGGGAAAUCUAGUCAGGUGUGAACAAGGGCCUGAAGGAUUGGUUUACGUCACAUUUGAAACACAAGAGCAGGCUCAACAAGCAGUGUCUUCUUUGCAUGGUUUAGAGUACCAAGGAGUUGGUCUAAAGGUUGAAAUAGCUGGUGGAAUGGGUCCAGGUGGAGGAAAUAAGCCACGGAGGGGUGGUCCUAGAAUUAAUAACCAAAACCAAGGGAUGAAUCGCCAGGAACUUCCUCUCAGGAUUUUGGUUGGAAGCGAGUAUGUCGGGGCCAUCAUUGGCAAACAAGGGCAGACAAUUCACAACAUUACCUCUGAGAGUCGUGCUAGAGUGGAUAUUCAUAGAAGAGAUGGUUUAUCAACAGAUACAUUGGUCACAAUAAAGGGGAGCCCUGAAAACUGUUCCAAAGCAUGCAAGGAAAUCAUGAAAAUAGUGGAGUCGGAAGCACAGUCCCUCAACAAAGGAGAGCCACCCCUAAAAAUUAUAUGUCCUAACAGCCUCUGUGGGAGGAUUAUAGGAAAACAAGGCAACGUCAUUAAAAGCUUUAUGGAGCAAACGGGUACACACAUUGUUGUUUCUAGUGCAACAGACAUGAACAAUUUUUUCGUUGAUCGCAUGAUCACCAUCACAGGAAGUCCUGAAAACACGUCUAAAGCUGAGGCCCUGGUGUCAGAAAAAAUGAGGAAGUGUUUUGAACAAGAUGCACAAAACUACAAUACACAGAUGGGUAUGUUUGGUGGAAUGCCCCCCAUGCCUAAUAUGAUGCCACCAUAUAACUUCCAAAGAGGACCACCUUACCCUCCAUAUCAAAUGCAGGGAGAUGGUUUCUACUAUGGACAAGGAGGUCCACCCCAGCAAGAUCUAGAGGUCACUUAUCUCUAUAUACCAGAAAGCACAGUGGGAGCUUGUAUAGGCAGCAAAGGAUCCAAUAUCAAAGAAAUUAUGAGAUUAUCUGGUGCUAGAAUUAAGAUUGAAAAUCCACAAAUGCAAUCUGGAAAGAAUGGCGACAUGAAUGGUGACAGAAAAGGCCCGACCCCACCCCUGGAGGAAAGGAAGGUCAUCAUAACGGGCACUGCUGAAGCUCAGUGGAAGGCCCAGUUUUACGUAUUUGACAAAAUCAAGACGGAGGGAGGAUUCCAGAGGAUAGAGGAAGUUCACCUGCGAUCGGAAGUCCUGGUCCCUAGAAGCAUGAUCGGCAGAAUUAUAGGAAAAGGUGGACAAAAUGUUAGGGAAAUGCAGAGAGUUAGUGGUGCAAUAGUGAAGGUUCCCGAUCAGAAUUCUCAGACUCAGUCAGAUGGUGAUAUGGAAGUGGCCGUCUCAAUAAUAGGACAUUUUUAUGCUAUGCAGCCAGCAAUCAGAAGAAUUAGGUCACUGGUUAACCCCCGCCCCCAACAAGGACCAGUGCUCAUGCCAGGGCAGCAGAGGAGAUUGCAGCCCAGAACACAGCAGAAUGGAAAGUGAAAGUAGAACUCAGGGGGGCGUGUCUGCCAGAAGAGGGGUUAUAGGAAACUGAGUGUCCAAUGAUGGUCACAUGUUUUACCAUUAUGAAAUGAAAAUGGAUUUAUUUUGAAUCCAUUUUAGGAAAGAUAUUUUCGACAUUUCCGAGUUGCCAAAUAUUUUAGUUUGAUUUUGAGAUUGAUUAUUGGCAAUAUGUAUUUUUUUUUAAAUAGAAAACAAAUUUUUCGUUAAUUAAAUAAAGUUUAAUAAAAAAAGGUAAUCAUUUAAUAAGAUAUUGCUCUAUUUAGAUGCCUACUUUAUUUAAGUAGGGAUUAGAAAGCAUUUUACAUCUUGGCUUGUACGAAAGCAAUUGUAAGAAUUUUGUGUGAAAUUCAUGAGAAAAAAAACAUUGUCAGGAUUUUCAUUUCAAAUGAAUGUUAUUUUGCAUGAAAUUUACUUAUACACGGUUGAAUGUGUACAAUUAAAAGGAGGGAAGCUCACCCAAACCUGAUGUUGCACCAAGGUACUGUAUGGGCAGCACCAAGAUAUGGUACAAGCAGACUUCCAUUGUAGGCAUGUAAAUAUGAGCAAUAUCAAUCCUUUACAAGGGCAUUAUUUUUAAGAUAAGAAUGAAAGGUGUUUAGUCCACAUAAAGUGCUCAUUAGCAAAGGUUGCUAUUAUCCACAUUUGGAUGGAAUUGGACGUCUUGUAAUUGAUAAGGACAGCUUGUAUUGUCUACUGCAAGCUUAGGGGUAGGAACAAAUAUUUAUCAGGCCAGUAUUGAACUUUUUAAAGUAUUGGCCUUUUUUUUUCUUUUGUAAUAAAUUUAUUUUUGAUACUUGUUGACAGAAUUUUUUGUUAGAAUUUUUAUGACCUGUUGAAGGACAAAGUUUUUUUUAUUGUCCAUUAUAUUGCAUAAAAAAGAAUGAAAAAAGAAUAUCUUUAUUUCCACCAAGACAUUCUAAUAUUAACACUUCAUAUGUACAACUACAAACCAAUAACAGGUCUUAAAACUGACAAAGAAUUGUACAGCUCUACAUGCCAACAAACUCUUGAAAUGUCUUAAAUACUGGACUACAAAUCCACACUGCUACUCCACCCUCCAUUUCACUGGAUCUUACGUCUACUGUUGUGAUGGUGGAUUCGUAGGUUGUGAAUUCAUACUGAAUGCUAUGUCUCCAGAGAAAAAAAAAUAAAUAGCAUGGCACAUGUGAAAAUUACCUUAUCCCAACUAGCCAGGAGCUAUUGCAUUGUUCUAUUUUUGGAAGGAAAAUACCUACAUGCUCUGUGGUACAAUGUUCUUAUUAUCUCACCAUGGUGGGAAAAGUUUGAACAAUUGGCACUUUCUGCAUCCGGUAAAGCUUACCAAGUGAGUUCUCUGUCCACAUGUGAUGGAAAUGUAAAAUAAUUAUAAUCAUUUUGGAUAACAGUGACAGAAAUAUUAACUUGUUGUUUGUUAAGUAAUCUUUGAAUGUAGUUUCCAAUUUGUAAUGUUCAACUGCAUUUCAAAGCAGUUUUAUUUUCAAUUACAUUAUAGUUUAUUGAUGGAGUUUCAAGACUUUUUAAGAAUUUUUGCUUUCUUCAACUUGAAAGGUAUUUCAACUGUUUGACUUGAUUUUACUGUUUGAUUUAUAUUAUUUUGGAUACCCAUGGCAUUAUACCCAAAUGAAAAGAAAGUGAAUAAUUGGUUUUUAAGUUGGAUUCAUUGUAAAUUAAAUUUAUUACAUGCUGUAUUGUAACGAAUUUUGGAGGGAAAAAAUGAAAGCCCAAAACUUGAGAGGAAAAAUCUUAAUUCAAAGCUUUGUAUUUUAAGAUUCAAGUUCUGAAUUGAUCACUAUAAAUGAUAUGUAUUGAAUAUUGGGUUGCCGUUUUACAACUGACUUAUGUUAAACAAAGAAUUGCAUUUUCAAAUGUGUAAACCAUAUCCUUAUUUUCUUUUCUAAAUAUUCCCCAGUAGCUUGUGUACAGAUUCUUGUAAUAUUUAGUGUAUUGCCUAGUCUUCAUAGCAAUGACUGCUCUCAACCAUAAUGCAUUGUAAACUGAUUGAACUUUGAAUAUGAAUAAUGAUACCAUGUGUACAAUUAACAGUAAUACACGUCAGCACCUUAUUGGUCAAAGUUGUGUACAAUCAACAGUAAAAAGCAUGUUGCUAUGGAGACGUGAACCAGAAGCCUGCAAUACUUAUACGUGUUUCCCCCAUUUUAAAUAUUUUUGAUUGUUUCUUGUAUUAACAAACCUUGACCAUGUACAGAUUUUGUUUUGUUAGGGAUGACCUGCAGAUCAGCAGAAAUAGUGACAGUGCUCUGUCCAAUGUUUCAUUGUAUUCAGAGGAGCUAGGGGUAUUUUUGAUCACCAGGUUUUCUAUUCAAUAGUUUCACCCGCCAGGCCCUCUUUUGGACCCAACCGAUUCAACAGUUUGAUCAGUGGCUACACACAGUUGACACGAUCUCCCGACAGCCAAGACUGGGGUUUUAUCGUUUCUCUAUCAAGAAAAUUGUUAUGAGUCUAGAUUAUUCAUGGUGACAGGGAAGCCACCUUUCUCUGUUCUUCAUCGAGCCUCUUAUUUCUGUUGAGCCGACUGUACAUUGCUGUUGAGAUGUGUUCACAUAGUUUAUACUUUAUAUUAUACCGAUACAGUGCCAGCUCUGUGUUCUGAAUCUAUCAGAUAAUGUCACGGUCAGCCAGUUCGCAAUAUUGUCUCCCUUUUCUUACGGAAAUAAAAUUAUUCUAGUUCAUUAAA